AUGAGGAUUCUUUUGUGUGGAAACAAUUGGGGAAUCGUCCCGAGACGAUUCCUUAAAACAAUGCGAUCGUACGAUGUACGUGAAUCGUUUUUGAAGUACUUCAUCGCCCGAGGACAUACGCAUGUGCCAUCCACAUCAAUUGUACCCUUCGAUGACCCAUCACUGCUGUUCGUGACGGCUGGAAUGAAUCAGUUUAAAUCGAUUCUGUUGGGUAGAAAUAACGAUCAUCUUGUUGAUGAGAAAAGAGAACCACUAAAAAGAGCCGUGAAUUCGCAGAAGUGUUUCCGUGCCGGUGGUAAGCACAACGAUCUAGCGGACGUUGGACAAGAUGCUACUCAUCAUACAUUCUUUGAGAUGUUAGGCAAUUGGUCAUUUGGUGAUUACUUCAAAGUUGGUUUCUUCAAAUGUGAUCAUAAUGCAUGCAUUCAUCGUUCAGCAUUUUCAAAUUUCUUAUUGAUUCUCCCAUUUCAAUCCGAUCAGAUGAAGUGA